UGAGUGAGUGGCUCCGUGUACUCUCAACCAGUUCUGGGAGGGAGUGCACGAGACGGUCCACGGAAAGUAUAAAUUGCCUGAAAGGAAGCUCUAUGGAUCAAGUCUACUCAGAAAAUGAGGCAUUCUCUGCGUGUUGUUUUAAGCGUGGCGGCCCUCGCGCUCGUAUACAGAUCUGACGCUGGUAAAGGCCCGAAUGUUUUGCAGCGCGAAGCACCAGACGCUUUUGAGGUCUUCGCUGCAUUUCCUUACGCCGUCGGUAUCUCUGACAUCAACAACGACACCAUCUUCGAAUGCCUGUCGGCGAGGCGCAAAGAUUUUGAUCCGGAGGCCAAGACGGUAACGUACGUGUGGUCACUCAACGAUGGCCCAGGGAAGCGAAAACGCGUUGCUUUUCACCACACCGCUGGUGCAACCCCGGAUGCGACAAACUUCACUGUUGGCAAAAGCACUGACGUGGAAGUGGCGUACAUUGUUUGGAGUGACUACAAAGACUGCGCCAUCACCGAUGUUUCUCACUUCUCACAACAGUGUACCCUGUGGGUUUCGAAGGCGGUGGAGGACCUGGUGCCCGUCUCCUGCUUGGAACAGUUUCACGACGUGUGCGGCGUCAUGGUGCCCCUUCGCGACAGCGACCUCUGCUUGGAUGACGAAAAUGACGUGGAUGACGACGACAAUGGCAAUUAG